AGAAAACCAGGAAAUCAUGGGUUGUGUGUAGAGCAAGAGAAGGAACAGAUAUUUGAACACCGUUUUUGACCAUGUCUCUUUACAGAAACUGGUCGUUUUUGCUUUUGUUAGUAUUAAAUAUUUAUGCUGUCGGUGGAGUAAACCUCACUGCUUCAGAUUCAGCGGAUACACGGAAACAAAGCUCGUUUUUGAGUCCUGCUGCUGCUGUUGUUUUGGUUAACUCGCCUGUGUUUAAAACGCCCGAUGUGGACUCCCUGUUCUCCCUCAAUCUGCUGUCGUCCUUCCCAGAAGACCUGGAGAUCAGCAACUACUGCAGCGAACUGCUUCACAUCUUCGGGCAGCGGUAUGUCUCCUAUGUGAACUGCUUGGUGACUGCUUCCAGACCUGUCAAAGUCUGCCAGAAGUGCUUCGCCAACUAUGGCAGCCUCAUUGAAAUCUACAAGAACAUAUCAUCAGACCAGAUGGGUCCUGGUAAUACGAGCUGCAGAGACAGCCUCCUGCGCAGUGAUCGGCUGAUGCUGAUUUAUCUGCUGUACAGCAACCUGGAAGGCAUUUGGGGCAAAUCAAGCUGUGCCAACUGUAUCACUAAAGAAUUCAAGAGCCUGACCAAUGACACGGUGUACUACAUGAACGCUGUCAACCAAACUCUCACCUGCUUUGAGAAGUAUCAACAGGGGAACCACACAGAGCUGUGCAAAAGCUGUAAGAGUACAUACAAAGACCUGAAUGAGCUGUACAGCAGAAUGGAGACGAAUCACACGAUGUGUAUCGACAUAGAGGAUGCGAUGAAUGUGACUCGCAGACUGUGGAGUAAGAACUUCAAUUGUUCCUUCCCCCGCGAGGAGACGGUGCCUGUCAUCGCCGUGUCCAGCUUCAUGCUCUUUCUGCCCAUCAUCUUCUACUUGAGCAGCUUCCUUCACUCUGAACAAAAGAAACGCAAGCUCAUACACCCCAAACGGGCAAAGUCUUACAACACUCUGAUGAACAUUCAGGACAAACUGAGCUGAAGAGGAGACGGGUGAAGGACAGCACUCUUUUAUCAGAAGUUACAACCUGGGAGAAGAUUCGACUCCUUCGUCUUGAAUGUCAAGGACUCGACGGCAGCGUUCCCCGUUUGUUUUCACAGGAUGCUGCGAUAUGGAUUAGUAUUCAGAGGACUUCAAUGAGCUAGAUAAAUGAAAGUGAAAGUAAAAUGCUUUGCGCACAUUGAACAUUUUUGCUUUCAUAUCUUUAAAAUAUUAAAAGUAAAUGGUUUUGCAACACACAACAAAAAUGUGUUUUGAAUCGAAAUAUAUUUAACUUUAAAAAAAACUACUAAUCAGGUGGUUGUUAAUGUUGCUGCACAGAUCCUGUCCUCGCCUUCCUUUCAACUCGUGUGUGUGUGUGUGUGUGUGUGUGUGUGUGUGUGUGUGUGUGUGUGUGUGUGUGUGUGUGUGUGUGUGUGUGUGUGUGUGUGUGUGUGUGUGUGUGUGUGUGUGUGUGUGUGUGUGUGCGCGUGUGCUAUUUAAGGGUUGAGAAAUGGGUUUUUCUGUCUCUAAUGUAUGUCCAGAAGUGAGCUGCAAAAAAGGAAGCACUUGAUGUCCAUUAGUGGUGACAUGUAUCUGCUGUAAGAAGAGGAGGUGCACAUCAGUGGGGUAGGAGUAAAUAAAGACCUAACACACGUAAUGUAAGAGCACUCCAGAGUACCACACUGUGAUGUUGCCUGUUUUCCAGUCACUGUUUUUUUGGGUUGCAUAAAGCUUUUUAUGUGCUUUGUUGUCGUUUUCCACUGAUGUUUAACUUAAUUUGUAAAGGGGUUUCUGACCGCUCAUGAAAGUGAAACUCGUGUCUUUUAGGAUAAAUUAGUGUGCAUUCGCUGUGAAGUAAUGUAAACCAUAAUUUCUUAUGCAUAAGCGCAAAUAAAUACUUUCACGUCAGAAACAACCUACAGAAACAUGUGCUAUAAUUAAUAGUUAGUGAGUUUAUUUACUCAAGGACUCUAUUAAUGCACAUUAUUACCUAAAUAUUUAUAUUUUAUAUGUAUACUUCUUCUUCACUACAUUUUCCGAUUGAAAUAUUUAUAUACAUUUUA